AUGUCGCAACAAUUUGAUCCCCUACCUCGAAAGAGCUACCCCGCGCCUCCCGCCGCUGCCUCGAUCCCGCUUCCAACCUCCCCUCCCGCUCAGCAAACUACAUUCUCAUACCCUCUUCCUCCACAGGGCGCUCAAUCUGGCCAGCAUCAACCAACAACAUUCUCGGUGCCACCUCCUCAACAGCCGUCGCCGUCUCUGGCGCAGCCAAAAGGAUAUCCACCUCCGCCAUCCGCUGGGCAGCCGGGCGAGGCCGCUCAUUACCCCGCGCCCCCGUCAGCACUUCAGCCAGGCCACAGCUACCCAGCACCUCCCCAGCAACAGCCCUCGCCACAAUCGUCGCGAACAAACUCAUACCCGCCUCCUCCACAGGCUACAAGUCCCCCGCUUGCUCAGAGCGCCACGCAGUAUCCUCCUCCCCCGUCACAAUCACCGCAGCAACAGCAACAGCACAACUACCCGUUGCCCCCGGUUGAUCAGCUUCAGCAGCAGCAGCAGCAGCAGAGCCAGAUUCCUCUGCACACAGUGGCAAGCCCGGACAGCCAACAGCACUCAACCGCGACGCCACCGCCCCCUGCUGCAUUUGACGGGCCGCCAUCCUUCGAUGGACCACCUACGGCGGCCUACCCCCCAGAAAAAGGGCAAACCUUUGACCGAGAUAGCGACGAGGACGAGGAGGAUGAAGUUCCGAACCAGGGGCCGGUCAAGUUCAUCUCGGGCGCUCCGCCCCCGGAGCUCUUUGUGGGCGCGACCGGCACGUCUGCCGUGGACGAUGUCGGCACGUUCAACGGAGGCAGCUAUCGCAUCAGCCAUCGCGACAGCAACACCAUCCUCACCAUCCAGCUGGCCGUAGGUUGUCCCCUGAAGGCGAAGCCGGGCACCAUGAUUGCCAUGUCGCCGACCGUCACUCUGCGGGGCCAGCUCAAGUUCAGUAUGAAGAAGCUCGUGGCCGGCGCAGAACUCGCCCAGUCAACGUUCACGGGCCCUGGCGAGGUCCUCCUGGCCCCCGCCAUGCUGGGUGAUCUGACGAGCAUCCGCCUGACGGGCAAAGAAUUCUGGUCCGUAGGCCAGGAUGCCUACGUCGCGUCGACGCAGGGCGUCAUUUGCGACUACAAGCGCCAGGGUCUCGGCAAAGCCAUCUUCAGCGGCGAGGGCCUAUUUGUGUACAAGAUCAGCGGGACCGGUCUACUCUGGAUCACCAGUUUCGGUGCCAUCAUCCGUAAAGAUAGGGCAUUCCACGCAUAUCUCAAUGGUAGCACCCACCAGUCAUUCUAG